AUGAGAUUCUCAGACACGCUCCACUUCAACAACCUCGAGUACUCGAAUAAGCUCGAAGGACUCGUUGCAUGCCAUCGAAUCAAUGAAGUCCGAGAGCGCGAGGUGCUCAAGAACCGUCAAAUAUACGGCUACUCCACAAAGAUCGGGAUGGGCGCCAUCCUCUGGCUUCCUACCGCGGGAUUGUCGACCAUCACAUCCCUUGUUGGCUUCCGCCAGCUCUGGGUCGCCUGCGCAAAACUCGACGUGAUCAAUAGCAUCAUAAAAAAGUACGGCAUCACACCACAUCAAUGCGGCUUCCGCGAUCGUGUUGUUCCCAUUGUUACCAACGUGCUGACGGCUGGUAUUGGCUGCGGCAUGUCAUACCUGCUCAGCGAUGUUGCAGCCAUGGGCGUCGAGGGGGCAUCGGCGCAAGGUGUAACGUUCGAUCCGCCCACCAGUGUCGGGGAGGUGGCGAGCUCGGCUGCAGCGAGUCCCGGUUCAUUCGUUGAUGGCUUCUUCCACGGCGUUGAAGCUCAAGUCGAUUCAGUUUCCGCGGCGCUCGACCCCGGUAAUACUGCUGCCAAUGUGACCCAGGCGACCAUGGAAAAUGCCGUCCCUCUGUCAGUGGGCGCCGAGUUCAUGGAUGGCGGGAAUGUCGGAUUCUCAGCAGCCGCGGUUGUGGAGCGGUUCCUCGUGCAGCAAGCCGUGGCAAGCUCCCUUGAGCACAUGGCUGACCAGAGUGCGCGCAAUAAGCUCUACAGGAGAAUCGCCGAAGAGGAUCAGGUUGCUCAAAUACAUCCCUCCGAGGAGAUGUAUGAGUGGCAGCAAGACCUAGAAGAGGUUCACGAUGCCCUUCAUUUGCAAUAUGCCGAGUUGAUCACGGCACACUCAGAGUUGCUGAAUAGGAAUAGGGGCAAGAACGAAAAACAGCAUCUUGUUAUUCAAUCCAAACAGAUGCGAGAUGAGGUAGUGUCUUUAGACGCAAGGGCAGGAGACAACCGUUCGAGCGCUGAAGAGUGCCAGAAAGCUCGGUUUGUGAGCGCGUGGGUUUCUUGCCUGAAGAUGUGGGAAGAGACGAUGAAGGAACAGGCUGGUUUGCAGACGGAGUGGCAGAGAGUUAUUGAAAGAUGGAAACGGGGUUAA